CGCUUGCAUUGCCACGUUUAACCGCACCUUUACUAGCACCACAUGUUUUAAGAAUAAACAUUAGUCGCACAGUAUAAUUAGCCGACAGUGUGAAAAUUAAUUGAACUUUUAUUUAAAUUGUGUAAUUAAAAACAAAAACCAAAAACAAUGAGCGAAGUGUCUACAGAAAGUAGUGAUCAAAUCUCUAACGAAUCGCACAAAGUAAAAGAAAAUGGUGAAGCAGCGGAUGUAACAACGGAAGCUGACUCUAAAAUACCAAAUGACGAAUUUAAUUAUUUAAAGCGAAACGAAUUUACUUCCGAAAUUUUCAAAAUUGAAGUACGAAACUUGGGCUAUUUCGGCAUUGGCGAAUUUAAAAAGUUGCUGAGAGCCAAGCUCAAUCUCAACAUGACUAAAAUCAAAUCACCUCUUCGUAAAGAAUUCGCUUUUGUUUGUUUUCGUAGCCAAGAGGAUCAACAACGCGCAAUCGAAACUCUUAACGGAUAUAAAUGGAAGGGCAAGGUGCUGCAAGCAGCACUAGCAAAAGCAUCAGCUGAUCCGCUGCAGAAACGUCGUAAUGAGGAUGCUCAGAAGGAGCAGGGAAAGUCGAAGCGACAACGCACAUCUGCCGACGCAAUCUGUCCCUAUGCAACCAUACCUUACGAAGACCAAUUACAAAAGAAGAGUACUGAAAUGCAGGAGCUUCUAAAAAAAUUCAUCAACAAACUGCGCAACAUCAACCAGGACGCAAAAAAAGAGUUGAACAAUUUCAAAUUCGAAGGCGUCAAAGGGUCUCCCCAGAUCAAUGGUUAUCGCAACAAAAAUGAAUUUACAGUUGGCAAGAAUGCGGAGGGUGAAAUCGUAGUUGGCUUCCGUUUGGGCAGUUAUGCCAAUGGUUCGGUGGAAGUUUCGGAAAUACAAGAUUUGCCUCACAUUCCAGACGCAGCAAAAUGGGCUGCUCAAAGUUUUCAGCAGUUUGUUAGGAACUCAAAAUUUUUACCGUUUAAUCCAGAGGAUAACUCUGGGCAUAUACGGCAGUUAAUGGUACGCACAUCCGCGCACAGUGGCGAAAUAAUGUUGGUUGCUGGCAUUUAUUCUUCAAAUUUAACCGAUUCUGAGCUCACAGAUUUAAAGUCGAAAUUAAAAGAAUACUACGAAACCUUUACAGACAAAGAGCGGGGAUUUAAGUGUACAUCUUUGUAUUACCAAGAUGUAAAACAUCGCGCAGCAGGUCAAUUGGUUUCCCCUGUAGAACACCUCUACGGUAGCACACACAACACCGAUAACAUACAUCAUCUCGCCUUUAAAAUAAGCCCGCUGGCCUUUUUUCAAAUAAACACACAUGGCGCUGAAGUACUUUACGACAAGGCUAUCGAACUAGCCGCCCCACAACCACAUUCAACAGUGUUGGAUAUUUGUUGCGGCAUCGGCACCAUAGCACUGGCUUUUGCGAAACACUGUAAGCAGGUGUUGGGAGUGGAAAUCAUACCAGAGGCAAUCAAAGAUGCAGAAUCUAACGCCACUGCUAACAAGAUAGAAAACUGCAAAUUCUUUGCUGGCAACGCUGAUGACUACAUACAAUCAAUGGUGCGUGAAGUUGUGUACGGCAAUGCACCUGGUGCGCCACUAGACUUGAUAGCUGUAGUAGAUCCGCCGCGGGCUGGACUGCAUAACAGAUCUAUAGCGGCAAUACGCGCAGCCACUGCCAUCAAGCGUCUGGUAUAUGUAUCUUGCAAUCCACUGCAUGCGCAACGAAACUGGAUCGAACUUGGCCGACCGGAAUCGAAGCAAUAUAAAGGAAAUCCAUUUUUUCCAAAAACAGCAAUAGCUGUAGAUAUGUUUCCGCAUACCACACAUACAGAAUUGGUCAUACUUUUCGAACGCGCCGCGCAGCCAGAAGUUCCAGAAAAGCCAAAAGAAGCAACAAGCACGGAGAGUGUAGAUGUUUCUGAACUGGAGAGUAAAAGCGAAGAAAAAGGUGCUUUUGAAACUACGGAAAUUUGAAUUUCGAAAAAGUUGUUAAUAUCUAGGUAUACAAAUACUUGUAUAUAGAUAUUUAGCAGAAUUUAAAUAUAUAUAUUUUUUUUUUAAU